AUGGCGACAAUUCCCGUUGUUAUCAAGCAUCAGGGCAAGAAGCACAAUGUGGAUCUUGACCCGUCCACCAACGGCGAGGUCUUCAAGCUCCAGGUCUACUCCGUCACCAAUGUCGAACCAGACCGCCAGAAGAUUCUCGUGAAGGGCGGCCAGCUGAAAGAUGACAUGGAGCUUUCGAAACUCAACGCGAAACCCGGACAAGAGUUUAUGAUGAUUGGAACACCCAGAUCUGGAGCGACCGCCCUGAGCAGGCCGAAGGAGGCUAUCAAAUUCGUCGAGGACAUGACGGAAGCAGAAGCUGCCCAGCAGGUGGGAGCAAUCCCCGCUGGAUUGACAAACUUGGGAAACACAUGUUACUUAAACUCGGCGUUGCAAACUCUUCGAACUAUUCCAGAACUCCAGGAGGAGCUUGUGAAGUAUGGUAGACCGGGCUCUGGCGCAUCGGCGGACACAACGGCUGCUCUGCGAGACUUGUACAAAUAUAUGGGGGAAACGCAGGAGCACUUUGCGCCCCACGUAUUUCUCCUUGCUCUUCGGGCGGAAAACCAGCAGUUUGCUCAAAGGGCGAAAAAUGGUCAUGGGUACGCCCAGCAAGAUGCUGAAGAGGCAUGGUCCCACAUCAUCACACAACUCAAACAGAAACUCUUGCUACAAAAGUCGGAUCCCAAUAGCAGUGAAAGCAGUGAAAGCAAUGCGUUGUCUUUUGUUGACAGGUACAUGACCGGCAGAACCACCAUCGUCACAAAGCAAGACGAAGGUGCCGCUGAUCAGGAGGGCGAAACGACGCAGGAGAUUUUCCUGAAGCUAAAUUGCAAUAUCAAAGGCACGACCAAUCACUUGAGAGAUGGGCUUAAAGAUGCCGGAGUAGCUAACAUCGAGAUGCGUGGUGGCCAUUAUACAAGGACCUCUCACAUCUCGCGAUUGCCGAAAUAUCUCACUGUACACUUUGUUCGAUUUGGCUGGAAAGAGCGUGCAGGCGACUCGGGUAUCAAGACCAAGAUCAUGCGAAAAGUAACAUUUCCACACGAGCUAGACAUGGUUGAGUUCUGUACAGACGAGCUUCGAGCAAAAUUAGUGCCAGUCCGGGACAAGGUGCGCGAAGUGCGAAAAGACGAGGAAGAUAUCGAGAGAGCACGUAAACGACAGAAGAAAAUCCGCGACAAGGAAGCCGCCGACGCUGCCGCGGGGAUCGUCGACUCUGUUUCCGCAUCCAAAAAUGAGAGCGAUAAAAAGCCCGUGGACAAAAAAGACUCAAAAAAGAAAGAUGGCAAGACCGCCGAUGGAGACACUGAAAUGGAAGACGUGGUAUACAAAACCGAUGCCGAGAUCGACGCAGAAAAGGCUGCCGCGCUGCUGGAAGCCAAAAAGGAACUUCACUCUCUGAUCAGCCAAGAUCUCUUGGACGACGAAGGAUCCAACAAAUCUGGUCUCUACGAACUCCGCGGCGUCGUCACCCACAAAGGCGCCAGCGCGGAUAGCGGUCACUACACGUCGUUUGUCAAAAAGCAAGGACCGCUCGAUCCCAAGACGGGCAGGCGCGGCGAGGAAGAUGGCAAAUGGUGGUGGUUUGAUGAUGACAAGGUAUCUGAGGUUGAAGCCGAUACUAUCGCAACGCUUUCCGGUGGUGGAGAAUCGCAUUCGGCGUUGAUUCUGCUGUACCGUGCUAUUCCGCUGCCUUCGGCUGAUGGGACUUCGGAUUUGUAA